CAGUCACAACAAACAUAGCUGCAUUUUGACACUUAGCGUUAAACGCUUCAGGCAGUCGGACAUUUAGAGAAAUAUGAUUAGGUUAGAGUUACUUUUUCACUUUGAAAGAUAAAAGUGAAGCUUGACGUUUCCUACUAACGUGAUGUACCGGCUAGCGGCCGGUAGCUAAGUGUAAGUUGUCGAGCUCGUCAGCCAAAGUUAACUGCUCUUGCUAACAUAACCGGCUAAACUCGGAGGACUCAGAAGCUUCCCAGUAGCAGGCUGCUUUGCCCUUAACAGCAGCAAAAAACACAGGUAUAACAGGGCUGUAUUUGUGAUGUAGUCAUUGCACCACACUGCCCACCUCUCUAAAUACCUUCUGAGGAGGCGUUUGAGGUCAUUCUCUAAUCACAGCGAUGGAUGAGGACACUCCAACCCUGAAGCCCAGAAGAAUCCAGAAUCAAAACGUGGUUCAUCGUCUUGAGAGGCGCAGGAUCUGUUCAGGCAGACCCGGAGCUCACUGGUACAGAGUACGUUGCUUCCACCAGAACCUUUUCCCCAACUUUACUGUGGUCAAUGUGGAGAAGCCUCCCUGCUUCCUUAGAAAGUUCUCUCCAGAUGGACGCUGCUUCAUCGCCUUCUCUUCUGACCAGACUUCUCUGGAGAUAUAUGAGUACCAAGGCUGUCAGGCGGCUCAGGACCUGCUUAGAGGCCAAGAGGGAGAGACCCUUCUAACAGCCAAUGACCAGCGUUCCCUCAACAUCCGAGGCCGCCUGUUUGAGCGCUUCUUCUCCUUGCUUCACGUCACUAAUGUGGCCUCAAAUGGAGAACACCUCAACCGGGAGUGCAGCCUCUUCACAGACGACUGCCGCUAUGUCAUUGUUGGGUCAGCUGUGUACGUCCCAGAGGAGCCACAGCCUUACUUCUUUGAGGUCUAUCGGAACAACGAAUCUGUGACUCCCAACCCCCGGUCUCCUCUUGAAGACUACUCCCUCCACAUUAUUGACCUCCACACUGGAAGGCUGUGUGACACCAGGUCCUUUAAGUGUGACAAGAUCAUCCUGUCCCACAACCAGGGCCUCUACCUCUACAGAAACAUCCUGGCUGUGCUGUCGGUUCAGCAGCAGACAAUACACGUGUUUCAGGUCACUCCAGAGGGAACGUUUCUAGAUGUGAGGACUAUUGGACGGUUCUGUUAUGAGGACGACCUCUUGACUCUCUCAGCAGUUUACACUGAGGCUCAGGCCGAGAGUCAGCCGGGCUUCCCUCGCCUAUACACUGACAAAACCAUCAACUCCCUCAAGCACAGGCUACUGGUCUACCUCUGGAGGAGGGCUGAGCAGGACGGCAGUGCCACCGCCAAGAGGAGAUUCUUCCAGUUCUUUGAUCAGCUGAGGAGGUUGAGGAUGUGGAAGAUGCAGCUGUUGGAUGAGCAUCACCUGUUCAUUAAAUACACCAGUGAAGACGUGGUCACACUCAGAGUCACUGACCCCUCGCAGCCGUCGUUCUUCGUUGUGUACAACAUGGUGUCUACAGAGGUGCUGGCCGUCUUUGAGAACACCUCCGACCAGCUGCUGGAGCUGUUUGAGAAUUUCUGCGACCUGUUCAGAAACGCUACGCUGCACAGCCAGGCCGUCCAGUUCCCCUGCUCCGCCUCAUCCAACAACUACGCACGGCAGGUCCAGAGAAGAUUCAAAGACACCAUAGUGAACGCCAAAUACGGAGGCCACACCGAGGCGGUACGUCGGCUGCUGGGCCAGCUGCCUAUCAGCGCCCAGUCCUACAGCAGCAGUCCUUACCUUGACCUCUCCCUCUUCAGUUAUGAUGACAAGUGGGUGUCGGUGAUGGAGAGACCCAAGACCUGCGGAGACCACCCCAUCAGGUUUUACGCACGGGACUCAGGCCUGCUGAAGUUUAAGAUCCAGGCAGGUCUGCUGGGACGGCCGGUAAAUCACGCAGUGCGACGCCUGGUCGCCUUCACUUUCCACCCCUUCGAACCCUUUGCCAUCUCUGUCCAGCGCACCAAUGCAGAGUACGUGGUCAACUUCCACAUGAGGCAUGUUUGCGCUUGAGGAGCUCAUGCACACAACAAAACUCACACUUGGAAUCAAAUUGCAGGACCGAUGGGCUUCUGUUAGCAGUUACUGGUGACAAUACAAAAAACAUGUCCUCCAUCAGGAGGCACAAAGCUGUUUGUGCUGUUAGUGGUCCUCUCCCUGCAUUCUCCUCCUGAUGGAAACCACUGUACCUCUCCUCUUUGCCCCUCCAUCACACAAUGGUCACCCCACUUCCGCCCCCUCCUGCCCCUCUGUGAGAAGGCAGCAAUUCUGCCUUUUCCUUUGGUGUGCACCGCUUCGCCUCCUCUUUUCCCCUUCCUCCGCAGAACAAAGAGGGACCUGUAGGGAGGAGAGGCUGGAAUAAGUGUAAAUGGAGAUGUAGAGCGAGUGAUUGAUGUGCGACGGAGGUGGGAGCCGCAGGUAGCCGGACCUCGAGGUGUUUUCUUUUUCCUACUGUGCACUGAAAGCUGCACGUUCAUAUCAGAUUUGCUUAUCCAGUUGGUCAGUGACCAGCUGGCCAACAAACUUUCUUUUUUCUCACAUGGAUGGGGAAAGAGGUAAUUUUAUAUUAUAUUGUUUUACACUUUUUUUACACGUCAUUACCGCUUGUAUAUAUUUUAUGCCAAUAAAAUUGUCUAAAUUUUG